GCGUUUGCCUGCUCGACCACCCCCAUCUUGAUCGGAUACGAUCUAACGCUGAUCGGUUCCAUCAUCGCGAACACCGAGUUUGUCCACCAUUUUGGCCGCUAUGAUGAGGCCCAGCAAGUCUGGUCACUUCCCGCCAACCACCAACUCGUCUGGAGUAUUGUGCAGUAUGUAUCUGCCAUGUCUUCUGCUCUGGGCUCCGGCUACCUGAAUGACACCCUCGGCCGCCGCGUUGGCUUCUUCACCACUGUUUGUCUUACGAUCUCCGGGACAUUCAUCGAGCUAUUCUCCCCAAACUGGAAAGUGUGGAUCGUUGCGAAAGUCUUGAUGGGCGCUGCGAUGGGGUCCAUGCAGGCCAAUACCCAAACUUAUGUUUCGGAGAUCACCCCAACAUCCAUCCGAGGACUGGCGCUUUCACUGUUUCAAUUCUGGAUCAUUAUCGGUCAGCUCAUUGCGACUUGUGUACUCGAAGGAACGAGCCAUGUUGGCGAUGCCUGGUCCUGGAAAGGGGCGGUGGUCUCUCAAUUCGGCCCGGCUGCUCUCUGCAUCGGGAUGUUUGUCCUCUUCGUCCCGGAAUCCCCUUACUAUCUGGUCUCCAAGGACCGGAUGGACGAUGCACGGAAGGCACUGGCCCGGCUGCGGGCCCCGGACAGCACCGCCGUAGACGAGGAACUGAGCCACAUCCAGGAAACGCUGCUGCACGAACGUCGCGCCCAGCAGAGCGCUGCUUCCGUGUCCAUACGCGAGUGCUUCCAGGGCACCAAUCUCCGCCGGACCCUGCUCGCCUGCCUGCCGGUCGUCAUGCAGAUCCUGACGGGCUACCCGCUCUGCAGCAACUACCUGGCGUACUUCCUCUCGCUCUCCGGCUUCAGCAACGCCUUCCUCAUCACCCUUAUCUCGGUCAUCUGCUCGCUCGUCGCCGCCCUCUUUGCCUUCGUGCUCAUCGAACGCGUCGGCCGGCGCCGCCAGAUGCUGGCCGGCUGCGCCGGCAUGCUGGUCUGUCUGCUGGUCGUCUCAGUCCUGGGGUUCGAGGGGCUGGGCCAGGCGUGGAACUACCGCACGCUGGCCGCCUUCUGCAUCAUCUGGGCCCUCUUCUAUUACGCCUCCGUCGGGGCGGUCGGGUGGGCCAUCGUCGGCGAGAUCUCCUCCGCGCGCCUGCGCGCCAGGACGACCUCCAUCGCCGCGCUGUCGAGCAACCUCAGCAACAUGGUCUGGUCGAUCGCCAUCCCCUACCUGGUGAACGCGGACGAGGCCAAUUUAGGGGCCAAAGCCGCCUUGCCGUUCUUGGGCGCCGGGCUCAUUCUCAUGACUGCGUGCUUCUUCUGUUUGCCGGAGACAAAGGGAUUGUCCUUUGCCCGGUUGGAUGCGUUGUUUGAGGCGAGGACUCCGGCGCGGAAGUUUGUCUGA